AGUUAUCAAAGAAAUUAAGGUAACAUCCACUUUCAAAGGCAUCUACCUUCCUUGCUAUUCAUCAUACAAAAGCUUAUGGUUUUUAUUCACCAAGAUCUUGAUAGCAUCGGUGUUGCCAACUGCAGUUUAUAUUAUCAUAGUCUGGCUCAUGGUUUGUAGGGGUUUCAAAUGUUGAAGGCCUUGAAUUGGAUACUAAUCAAGAGUAAAGUUAGGAAUUAAGAAAAUGAUUCUUCUUCUUAAUCGCAAGAUCCUUGCUAUCAAGGAGACUCUUGCAUUGUUCAUGGAGCUUCAGAUUUUGAGUGACAAACCUCUAAAAGAAUUGGCAUCCUCUCAUGUCAUUCAUAGUAUCAGGCGUAUGAAUCAGAAACACAAUAACGAAACAGAAAACAGAGCACUUCAAAGUAUUUUAUUCUCAAUGCUACAGGAAGAGGAUGAAAAGAAAGCAAUGAGGUCACUUGUCACAGUAUGUGAUCUUCACAGGAGGAAGGUCUGGUUUGAUGAUAGAACAGCCAAUGCUAUAUGUCAGGCAUGUUUCCACUCAUCAUCAAGGAUUAUGAUUGCAGCUUUGUCAUUUCUUCUUGGUUAUGAAAAAAUUGAGCAAGACGAUGACAGUGAUGAGUCAAGUGAUGAAGAAGAAGCAAUCCAUCAAUCUCAUGUUGUCGUGAGUAAAGAAGCUAUUUACAAGGCCAAGAAUACAGGGACAACAUCCAGCAAAAAGAAAAAGAAAGCAAAGUUGCAACGUGGGAUACUUAGCAUGAAAAAGCAACAACGUAUCUCAUCUGAAAGGAAUGAUAACUUGAACUACUAUUCACCACUCAAUGCUUUGAAAGAUGCUCAGGGGUUUGCUGAGAAGCUGUUCUCACAACUUCAAACUUGUGGUGAACGUUUUGAGAUAAAAAUGAUGAUGGUGAAAGUGGUUGCACGUACUAUUGGACUUCAUCAAUUGCUUGUAUUGAACUUUUAUCCUUUUCUUCAAAAGUUUGUUCAGCCCCACCAAAGCGAUGUGACAAACUUGUUAGCAGCAGCUGUUCAAGCCUGUCAUGAUAUGAUGCCACCUGAUGCAGUUGAACCAUUAUUCAAGCAGAUAGUUAAUCAAUUUGUGCAUGAUAAGUCACCUACAGAGUCAAUUGCUGUUGGAUUGAAUGUUGUGCGUGAAAUAUGUUUGCGUAUUCCUCUGUUAAUGACAGAGGAUUUGCUGCAAGAUCUUGUGCUGUAUAAGAAAUCACACGAGAAGGCAGUUUCAUCAGCAGCUCGUUCGCUUAUUUCAUUGUUCAGAGAGAUUUGUCCUUCGCUUCUCAUAAAGAAGGAUCGUGGUCGGCCUACAGAUCCAAAAGCAAAUCCAAAAGCAUUCGGUGAGGUUACUGUUCCCAGUGAUGUCCCUGGGGCUGAGUUGCUUCUGGAUGAUGAUGUCAGCAAUGCUUCUGAUGAGGAUGGUGAAUCUAUUGAUGCUGACAUCAGCAUUCAUGGAGGUUCGGAAUCUGAAGAAGAAGAAGAAGAAGAAGAAGAAGAAGAAGAAGAUGAUGAUGAUGAUGAUGAAGAAAGGGGAAGUGAAGAGGAUGAAUUGUCUGAUGAGGAGGAGGAGGAGGAGGUGGAUGGGAUGUCUAUUGAUUCAAGGGGAUCUGAGAAAAGGAAAGGGCAAAAAAGGAAAUUUGAAGAUGUUGAUGGAGAAGUUGAUGUGGCAAAUCAAAGUCUUAGGGCUCUUAAGAGACUAGCAGAAGCUAAAUUGGAGGGUGAGGCAACAACAACAGAUGGUAUUCUCUCAAAUAAAGAUUUUCAGAGAAUCAAAGAGUUAAAAGCAAAGAAGGAAGCAAAGGUUGCAUUGGCGAAUCAUGGAAUGUUGAAAAAAUCUUCAGAUCUGAAAUCAACAACAGGCUUUAAGGUCCCAACUUCUCAUCAACUCAGUUUGAAAAGAGUUGAUGGAUUUUCACUUGAAGCUAACAUAAGAAAAAAAAUGACAAAGGAGGAAAGGAAGGCUUUGAUCAAAGCAGGAAGAGAAGAUGGGGAAAAGUAUCAAGCAAGAGCUGCUAUCAAGCAGAAAAAGAGUGGUGGAUUAAGCAAUCGGCAAAAGGAACACAAGAAGGCAAUGCCUUUGGCUGCCAAGAGAUCAAAGGUGGAAAGAUCUCGCCGUCAGAAAAAGCUCAAGGCCAAGACAGCUGGCAAACAGUUUCGUGGUCAGAAAGCAUGGAAAUAAUUCAUAAUUUCAUAUCUGGAACUGAAACUGAAACUGGAAUUAUUCUUCUUUUUGUACAAAAAUUCUUUUUGAUACACAUAUCAGUUUGUUAUAGAUUUGAUUUGAUGAUGACAUUUGUUCUCUAAGCUAUUUCUAGAAUAAGGUUAGUUUUGAUAAAUGAGUAAAGUCGGUUUAAUAGUCAGUUAGAGAUUACCCAUUUCACAGUUUGGUUGAGAAAAAAAAAAGUCUUUAACAUGAGUUGAUGGAAAAUGUAUCCUUCUACAUGAAAUUUA